AUGCGUCAGUUGGUCCACGUCACCCCACGGUCUGCAGUGCUGCUGGUGCUUCUGGUUGUGAUGAUGUUUGUGAUGUGUUGUGCCGGCGGGUGCUUUGCUGCCAGCCUGACGUGCUCCUGCUCCUCUGACAAAGCGAUGCGUGCGGACAGGGCGAAGUCGAUCCCGGCUGUGGUGAGGGACGUGCCUCUUGGAUAUGAGGGUGCGUCGCAGACAUGCACCGUCAUUGGGAGGAAUGGAUGGGCGCCCACCCGCAUCAAUGUGUCGACAAGGGACGUGGAUGGCACCAGGAAGUAUUGCAGCUCAGAGCGGUAG